AUGGAAGCUGACUCUCGGACCCAAUCAGCUGGAUUUGCCUGGCUUGAACAGGUCCAGGCCUUAGUGAAGGCCGAUAGAGACAGUUGGCCCGUCAAGCAAGAUCUGGUUCAACCUCGUCUUCUCGGAGAAUUGGAGGCAAAAUUCGAAACAGCCUUUCAAGAACGUCAAGCGAUCGACAAGGACGACGAGGACGGCAAGGCCCAGCGCCAAGCAAAGGAAGACGAGUUGGAUGCUCUCGCGACUGAGUUAAGACCGCUUAGGACGGACUGGGACCGCACGUGCAGGGAUGCUAAUGUGGCGUACCACCGCGAAGACGAGAUGAAAGCAAAUUCUCUCAUCAACAACAUCUUCAACCUUUAUAAAGAAUUCGACCUCCCCGUCAACGGCAACAUGGGCGUCGACACAUCAGCCCUAGGUCUCACUGGAGAUUCACCAGAUGCUGAUCCGGACACACCGCCCAGGUCGCGAAUGAGAAUGAAGAGGGGAGGGGCGGUGCUCACCCCGGAUCGCAAUGGAGUUUUUGAGUCAGAGACGCGUAAGAGGAAGCGAGGCAGUAACUCGCGCACUCCUCAGAAGCGGCUGCGCAUUGAAGGUACAAGAAAUUCCAUACAUUUCAAUGCCGUCUACCAAAACAGACGCGCUGCCAAGAAGCACACCAUUAUCCGGAUCCCUGAGGACCCAGUGCGCCCGGCCAAGUUUUACAUCUUGCGAUGUGAGGAUCACGACAUCCAUUUCGACGACAGUCCGCUACAGGCGGGUUUGGCGCAUUUGUCAGAAAAGCAUCAGCAUCAGAACCCUUCAUUCGAAACUGUUGUUGAGCACUUUGGCUAUGAGGUUAUCUGUUGCGACGAUGAAAAACUCAUUCAAAACAACAAAGCCGCCAAGGAAGCAUUUGAAAGAGGUGAAAGAGGAGCGAGAGACUCCAUCCGCGUUCGAACUGAUUCGCCUUCACCUGAGAGACCACGCAAGAGCACCAGCAACGCCGUGAAAAAGAGCAGGUCAAGGCGGUCAAGGCGGUCAAGGCGCAAGACCCAAGACUCCAUCGAUCCUCACGACUUGGUUCCUGGAGAUGUCUACAUCAUCUACUGGUCCGCGUCGAGACAGUGGUAUGCUGGUUUGUAUAUUCCUCUGCAAGAUCCCGAAUCCGUUGGAAUAGACGAAUCGCUCGAGGCGAUGGGUUUACUUAGCAACAUACCGCCUUGUUAUGAGUACGACAGCUCCAGCAAGUCAUUUUCCUGGGCAGAGGGCUAUGAAGAUGGAGGACCAGACGCUUCAGAGCAACACUUCCCGUUCAUGUUUUUUGAGGGACUUGAUUUUCCUGACCUGAGCCAUGUUGCUUGGAUUCCUAUCGGCGAAAUCCAGCGGUGGGAUGAGGACAAGGCGUUGAUGAUUGAGCAUAGCGGCCAGGCUUUUGAAUAUCUCAAGCAGCGGCAGGCGGCUGAGCAGCCAAAGCGGUUUGGUCCAGAUGAAGAGAUUCCAGACUCAGCUGAUGACAGUAAGUAUACUAACUGCGUAUGA